UUUGAUUCAGUCAGUGGGACAGAAACUCCCUGCUCCACACAAAUCCUCCCCUGCUUCCUCUGUAACAUUUUCAAGGGAAGAAGAUUUCACUUUCUACAAACUGGGAUAUCUUUGCCUUUCUACCACCAUUGCGUUUCAGGAGCGUCCAGAUUGUGAAUAGUAGUUUUAGAAGGGUUUUUAAUUUGGUUAAGAGGACCAAAUUCCCAGGAAAAUAACUCGGGCAGCAUCAUGGCGUCCACGGUAACGCUGGAGGAUGCUCUGUCCAAUGUGGACCUUCUGGAGGAGCUGCCUCUCCCAGACCAGCAGCCCUGCAUCGAGCCCCUGCCCUCCUCCCUAAUGUACCAGCCCAACUUCAACACCAACUUUGAAGACCGUAAUGCCUUUGUGACGGGGAUCGCCAGAUAUAUCGAGCAGGCCACCGUCCACUCUGGUAUGAAUGAGAUGCUGGAGGAGGGCCAGGAGUACGCUGUGAUGCUGUACACGUGGAGGAGCUGCUCCCGCGCCAUCCCACAGGUGAAGUGUAAUGAGCAGCCCAACAGAGUGGAGAUCUAUGAGAAGACAGUGGAGGUGCUGGAGCCUGAGGUCACCAAGCUCAUGAACUUCAUGUACUUCCAGCGAUUGGCUAUAGACCGGUUCUGUGGGGAGGUGCGUCGCCUCUGCCACGCUGAGAGGAGGAAGGACUUUGUCUCCGAGGCCUACCUGCUGACCUUGGGGAAGUUCAUCAACAUGUUCGCCGUGCUCGACGAACUCAAGAACAUGAAGUGUAGCGUCAAGAACGACCACUCCGCCUACAAACGAGCUGCCCAGUUCCUCAGGAAGAUGUCAGAACCCUCGUCCAUCCAGGAGUCUCAGAACCUCUCCAUGUUUCUGGCCAACCACAACAAGAUCACUCAGUCUCUGCAGCAACAGUUGGAGGUGAUUAACGGCCAUGAUGAGCUGCUGGCUGACAUAGUCAACCUGUGUGUUGAUUACUAUGAGAACAGGAUGUACCUGACCCCCAACGAGAAACACAUGCUGCUCAAGGUGAUGGGGUUUGGUCUGUACCUAAUGGAUGGCAGUAACAGCAACAUCUACAAAAUGGACGCCAAGAAGAGGGUCAACCUGACCAAGAUUGACAAGUUCUUCAAGCAACUGCAGGUGGUUCCUCUGUUUGGUGACAUGCAGAUUGAGCUGUCCAGGUACAUCAAGACCAGCGCACACUUUGAAGAGAACAAGAACCGAUGGUCGUGUACCUCAACAGGCAGCAGUCCUCAGUAUAAUAUCUGUGAGCAGAUGGUUCAGAUCAGGGAAGACCACAUGAGGUUCAUCUCUGAGCUGGCUCGCUACAGUAACAGUGAGGUGGUGACGGGGUCUGGCCGUCAGGAGGCCCACAAGACAGACCAUGAGUACAGGAAGCUGUUUGACCUGUCUCUGCAGGGGAUGCAGCUACUGUCCCAGUGGAGCGCACACGUCAUGGAAGUGUACUCGUGGAAGCUGGUUCAUCCAACGGAUAAGUACUCUAACAAGGAGUGUCCUGACAACGCGGAGGAGUAUGAACGAGCUACACGAUACAACUACACCGUCGAGGAGAAGUUUGCCCUGGUCGAGGUGAUGGCCAUGAUAAAGGGGUUGCAGGUUCUGAUGGGUCGUAUGGAGUCGGUGUUUAACCACGCGAUCCGCCACACCAUCUACUCAGUCCUGCAGGACUUCGCCCAGCUCACCCUGAGAGACCCGCUACGGCAGGCCAUCAAGAAGAAGAAGAACGUGGUCCAGAGUGUCCUGCAGGCCAUCAGGAAGACCAUCUGUGAUUGGGAGGCAGGACGUGAGCCACACAACGACCCGGCCCUGCGAGGAGAGAAGGAUCCCAAGGGAGGGUUUGACAUCAAGGUCCCCCGCCGCGCCGUCGGCCCCUCCAGCACACAGCUGUACAUGGUCCGUACCAUGCUGGAGUCUCUGAUAGCUGAUAAGAGUGGUUCUAAGAAGACUCUCCGCAGCAGUCUGGAGGGACCCACCAUCAUGGACAUGGAGAAGUUCCACAGAGAGUCCUUCUUCUACACACACCUGCUCAACUUCAGCGAGACCCUGCAGCAGUGCUGUGACCUGUCUCAGCUGUGGUUUAGAGAGUUCUUCCUGGAGCUGACCAUGGGUCGCAGGAUCCAGUUCCCCAUCGAGAUGUCCAUGCCCUGGAUCCUCACAGACCACAUUCUGGAGACCAAGGAGGCCUCUAUGAUGGAGUAUGUGUUGUAUCCUCUGGACCUCUAUAAUGACAGCGCCCACUACGCCCUGACCAAGUUCAAGAAGCAGUUCCUCUACGAUGAGAUUGAAGCAGAGGUCAACCUGUGUUUUGAUCAGUUUGUCUACAAGCUGGCUGAUCAGAUAUUUGCCUACUACAAGAUUCUAGCUGGAAGUCUGCUGCUGGACAAGCGUCUGAGAGCGGACUGUAAGAACCAGGGAGCCAACAUCCCCUGGCCCGCGUCCAACCGCUACGAGACCCUGCUGAAGCAACGCCAUGUACAGCUGCUGGGCCGUUCCAUAGACCUGAACCGUCUGAUCACCCAGAGAGUGUCUGCUGCUCUGUACAAGUCUCUGGAGCUGGCCAUCAACCGCUUCGAGAGCGAGGACCUCACAUCCAUCGUGGAACUAGAAGGUCUGAUGAACAUCAACCGUAUGACCCACAAGCUGUUGUCUAAGUUCCUGACGCUGGACAGUAUGGACGCCAUGUUCCGGGAGGCCAAUCACAAUGUCUCCGCCCCCUACGGACGCAUCACACUCCACGUCUUCUGGGAACUCAACUACGAUUUCCUCCCCAACUACUGCUACAACGGAUCUACUAACAGGUUUGUCCGCACGGUCCUGCCCUUCUCCCAGGAGUUCCAGAGGGACAAGCCGCCCAACGCCCAGCCCCAGUACCUGUACGGGUCAAAGGCUCUGAACCUGGCGUACAGCAGUAUCUUUGGUUUCUACAGACACUUUGUUGGUCCUCCUCACAUCAAGGCCAUGUGUCGUCUGCUGGGGUACCAGGGCAUCGCUGUGGUCAUGGAGGAGCUGCUGAAAGUGGUCAAGAGCCUGCUCCAGGGCACCAUCAUGCAGUAUGUGAAGACCCUGAUGGAGGUGAUGCCUAAGAUUUGCCGUCUCCCGCGCCACGAGUACGGCUCGCCGGGUAUCCUGGAGUUCUUCCACCACCAGCUGAAGGACAUAGUGGAGUACGCCGAGCUGAAGACCGUCUGCUUCCAGAACCUCAGGGAGGUGGGCAAUGCUCUGCUCUUCUGUCUGCUCAGCGAACAGAGCAUGUCUCAGGAGGAGGUGUGUGACCUGCUACAUGCCGCACCAUUCCAGAACAUUCUUCCCAGGGUCCAUGUCAAGGAGGGUGAACGUCUUGAUGCCAAGAUGAAACGUCUGGAGGCUAAAUACACAGCCCUGCACCUGGUUCCCCUGAUAGAACGCCUAGGAACCCCACAGCAAAUAGCCAUUACCCGUGAAGGUGACCUGCUGACCAAAGAGCGUCUGUGCUGUGGCCUGUCCAUGUUCGAGGUCAUCCUGACACGCGUCCGCGGUUUCCUGGACGACCCCAUCUGGCGCGGCCCGUUGCCCAGCAACGGCGUGAUGCACGUGGACGAGUGUGUGGAGUUCCACCGGCUGUGGAGCGCCAUGCAGUUUGUUUACUGUAUCCCUGUCGGAGCUCACGAGUUCACCGUGGAGCAGUGUUUCGGGGACGGUCUCCACUGGGCAGGGUGUAUGAUCAUCUCCCUACUGGGUCAACAGAGACGCUUUGACAUCCUGGACUUCAGCUAUCACCUGCUGAAAGUGCAGAAACACGAUGGAAAGGAUGAGAUCAUUAAGAGUGUGCCUCUUAAAAAGAUGGUGGACAGAAUCCACAAGUUCCAGGUUCUCAACGACGAGAUCUACGCCAUUCUGAACAAGUACCUAAAGUCAGGCGAUGGGGAAAAUAUGCCCGUGGAACAUGUCCGGUGUUUCCAGCCUCCUAUCCACCAAUCCCUGGCCAGCAACUGAGAUUGACAGGUUCACCAUCCAAUAGUGUUUAACUAAACACAAAGGAUACAUCAACUGUUUUAUAUAACUGCACUACAUAGGGAGUAGGGUGCCUUUUUUGGACACAUUUAAUCAAAUAUUCUUCCACCUUUUUAAAGCAGCAGUGGCCCAUGAGAGGAAGAGGGUCUAACUUUCCUUACAAUACUGUUUGUUAGGAUGAUUAUUGUGCCUUAAAAUCAAUCGCUGUGUUUCCUAGUUUGUGUGCUAAACUGUGUUUCAUACAUCUAGACCAGGGAAUGACUCGAUGAUUUAUUUCAGGGGGUUUGGGGAUAUCGUUGUUGAACAGGAGCCUGUAUUCAAUGAAGGGGAAUGGGACAGAGUAGAGUAUAUUUGGUGUUACACAUUUUCAUGCUUAAAAACCUGAAAUCUGUAAAGGAACCAAGUUUCUUAAUGAUAAAGCAUUUAUCCACUUUGUGUUGGAAUUAUUUUAAUCAUUCAAUAAAUAUGUAACAAAUA